AUGUCUGGUCUUUCGGUCGAGCUUACUGCACCUAAUGGUGUCAAGUACACACAACCUACUGGUCUGUUCAUCAACAAUGAAUGGGUCAAGUCGUCGAAGGGCGACAAGAUCUCUAGCAUAAACCCCACCAAUGAGAGCGAGAUCUGCUCCGUCGAAGCCGCCACAGCCGAGGACAUCAACAAGGCAGUCGCCGCAGCAAGAAAAGCGUUCAAGGGAGAGUGGAGAGAAAUUGCCAGCACAGAAAGAGGAGAACUCAUGGUCAAGUUGGCCAACCUGAUCGAACAGCACAAGGAGACUCUUGCAACAAUCGAGACAUGGGACAACGGCAAACCAUACUCUGUCGCAUUGAAUGAGGACCUGGGCGAGGUCAUCGGCACACUCAAGUACUACGCUGGCUACGCAGACAAGAUCCACGGACAAGUCAUCGACACCACGCCGGCCAAGCUGGCCUACACAAUCCGCGAGCCCGUCGGUGUCUGCGCCCAGAUCAUCCCUUGGAACUACCCUUUGGCCAUGGCAGCGUGGAAACUCGGUCCCGCUCUCGCCGCAGGAAACACCGUCGUGCUCAAGCCCGCCGAACAGACCCCCCUCGCUAUCCUCUACCUCGCCAACUUGAUCAAAGAAGCCGGUUUCCCACCCGGUGUCGUCAACAUUGUCAAUGGCUACGGUCGCGAAGCCGGCUCUGCCCUCGUUCAACACAUGGACGUCGACAAAGUAGCCUUCACCGGUUCCACAGCCACCGGCCGCGAAAUCAUGAAAAUGGCAGCAGUAAACCUCAAAAACAUCACUCUGGAGACUGGCGGCAAGUCUCCUCUGCUGGUCUUUGACGACGCAGAUCUCGACCAAGCAGUCAAGUGGUCUCACAUUGGCAUCAUGUCCAACCAAGGCCAGAUCUGCACAGCUACUUCGCGCAUCCUUGUCCAAGAAGGCAUUUACGACAAAUUCAUCGCCGCGUUCAAGGAUCACUGCAAGGAAACCAGUGUUGUUGGUGACCCCUUUGCCGAAACCACUUUCCAGGGUCCUCAGGUUACAAAGCAACAGUACGAGCGCGUGCUCUCCUACGUCGAGGCCGGCAAGUCUGAAGGCGCCAAAUUGAUCUCUGGAGGCGAGCCCUGCAAGCAAGAUGGCAAGGGAUUCUUUGUUGCACCCACCAUUUUCGCAGAUGUCAAGGAUGACAUGAAGAUCUUCAGGGAAGAAGUUUUCGGGCCUUUCGUUGUCAUCUCGUCGUUCAAAGACGAGACUGAGGCUGUGGAUAGAGCUAACAACAGUACCUAUGGUCUGGGCUCUGCUGUGUUCACUCAGGAUAUCACCAAGGCACACCGUGUGGCGAGGAACAUCGAGGCGGGUAUGGUUUGGAUCAACUCGAGCAACGACAGCGACUAUCGCAUUCCAUUUGGCGGAUGUAAGCAGAGUGGAAUUGGCAGGGAGUUGGGUGAAGCUGGUCUUGAUGCUUACACGAACAAGAAGUCCAUCCAUGUCAACUUGGGCACCAAGCUAUAA